AUAUGCGUAUAUAGGCUUAUUGAUGAAAUGCAAUGAAAUUGUAUUGUAUUGACUUUAGUUUAAAAAAGUCUAUAAAAUUAAACAUAUAAAAACAAUAAACAAUUUACAUUUCGGUUUAUUUUUGUAUUUUUAAUGAAUUUAUGUUUUCAUUUGCCUCCUCGACUGCUAAACUGUGGACAUUUACUUCCUCAGGUUGUGAUCGACCACAAAUGUUACAGACUACAUCGUUCAAUCCCAAGAUUUGGUCUUAGUUACCUUAUUUGGUAAUAGAAGUUUAUUGUUCGAGACAAAUGUAUUACAUUAAAAGUCAAAACAACAGAAUCAAAAGGCUAAACAUUUUGUAGAGGAUGAGUUACGUCACUGUUCGCGUUAAACUGGAGAUGCCAUCAAGCAAAUGUUGAACUUGAAUCAACCACAUGAGAGAUUAGGAAUGGAACCUAUAUGGAAGAUUCUCAUAUAUGACAAAGUUGGGCAGGAUAUCAUAUCACCUAUAAUUUCUGUAAAGGAACUCCGAGAACAGGGAGUAACUCUUUAUCUGCAGUUACAUUCAGAUCGAGAUUCAAUCCCAGAAGUACCUGCGAUAUACUUCUGCUCUCCUACAGAGGAAAAUUUGGGCAGAAUCAAACAGGAUUUUCAAAAAGCAUUGUAUGAUAUUUAUCAUCUUAAUUUUAUUUCUCCAAUUUCAAGACAGAAACUAGAAGAUUUAGCAUCAGCAGCUAUUGAAGCGAAUUGUGUUGCAAAUAUACACAAAGUCUAUGAUCAAUAUGUUAAUUUCAUUUCAUUGGAAGACGAAAUGUUUGUUUUAAGGCAUCAAAAUAGCAACUCACUUUCCUACUAUGCAAUAAAUAGGGGUGACAUUAGAGACACAGAAAUGGACUUCAUAAUGGAUGACAUAGUGGCCUGUUUGUUUUCGGUAUUUGUUACUUUAGGUAUGGUGCCGAUAAUCCGAAGUCCCAAGGGUAAUGCUGCUGAAAUGGUAGCAAAGAAACUGGACAAAAAGUUAAGGGAAAACCUGUUUGAUGCCAGAAAUAAUCUAUUUUCGGCUGAUGUUCAAGCAGGCAAUUUUAAUUUUCAAAGGCCUUUGUUAAUAAUUCUUGACCGAAAUGUGGAUAUGGCAACAUCACUACACCAUACAUGGACCUAUCAAGCCUUAGCUCAUGAUGUAUUGGAUCUUUCAUUAAAUCGUGUGGUGAUUCAGGAAUCCCCAUCUUCAGCUUCUAGGCUGCAGCAAAAGUCUUGUGAACUCAAUCCAAAAGACAAGUUCUGGAAUGAUCAUAAAGGUUCACCAUUUCCCACCGUUGCCGAAGCAAUUCAAGAAGAACUGGAAAGAUAUAGAUCUUCUGAAGAAGAAGUUAAGAAAUUAAAAUCUUCCAUGGGUAUUAAUAAUGAAAAUGAAUUGGCUGUUUCUUUGGUCACUGAUAAUACAGCAAAAAUUACAUCAGCAGUUAAUUCUUUGCCACAACUUUUGGAGCAAAAACGGUUAAUUGAUAUGCAUACCUCCAUAGCAACAACCAUUUUAAACCAUAUCAAAUCCAGAAAAUUGGAUACAUUCUUUGAGUUGGAGGAGAAGAUAAUGAGCAAAAUGCAACAACUUGAAAAGCCACUUCUGGAUAUCAUUUCUGACACUGGCGCAGGCACAGUAGAUGAUAAAAUGAGAUUAUUCUUGAUUUACUACAUCUGCGCCACAAAUAUAGCUGACUUAGAUCUUAAGAAGUUUGAGGGUGCAUUGAAAGAAGCCGGCUGCAACUUGUCAGCCUUAAAUUACAUGAAGAGGUGGAAAAGUUUUACAAGAAUGGCCAGUACAUCUUUAAAUCAAUACGAAGGUGCAGGAACAAAGACAGUAAAUAUGUUCUCUAAAUUGGUCUCACAAGGUUCAAAUUUUGUCAUGGAAGGUGUGAAAAAUUUGGUAGUUAAAAAACAUAAUCUUCCUGUAACAAAAAUUGUGGAUAAUUUAAUGGAAUUCCGCAACAGUUCAGCAAUAGAAGAGUAUCACUAUUUAGAUCCAAAACAAUUAAAACUGACAGAAAUUCCUAAAAACCGAGCACCUUUUCAAGAAGCUGUUGUUUUCAUAGUCGGUGGAGGGAAUUACAUUGAAUAUCAAAAUUUAAUUGACUAUGCAGUGGCAAAAAGCAAUGCUGGCAAUGGAAAGAAAAUAACUUAUGGAGCUACAUCUUUGUGCAAUGCAAAUCAGUUUUUGCAACAGUUAUCCUUGCUAGGUCAAGAGUUAUAAUUUAUUAUGAACUGUAAAUAAUAUAUAGCAUAAACUUCAUUUGAUAUUUACAAUAAGUAUAUUUGUCAUUGUAGCCUAAUAUUUUGAUAGACAAUAUUUUAUUUUCCAAGACUUAAGAAUAAAAAAAAAGUUUG